UGGGCAAUUUUUUUCGUUUUUCUCUCUCUCUCGUACACUAAAACAUACGCGGAUACACCCACCUGGGAUUGUCCCUCUCUGCAAGCGAAGACAUUGUACAAACACAUACCAUAUUGUACACAUGCUGCUGAUGAUUUCCACUUCAAAAGUGUGAAUACAAAAUUCUCAGACCCCAAAAGCACAAUUUUUUUUAACGCAAGAAAAAAACAACGACUCCCUUUUCUGUAUCUCAAUCCCCUUCUUAGUAACAACACAGAAAAAAAGAUUCAGAUCAAGUUUCUUAUAACUUGAAUGUAAUUGAAGAUCGGUUCAGCAGGUUUUAGAUUAAAAUUUUAGAGUUUUAUGGCUGUUGCUUUAGAAAAUUGAUUUCGGGAUUGGAAUGAAUAAAUGAAUUGAGGUUUGAUUAAUGGGGGUUGAGACAAUGGGGUCUCAGGGUGGUGGUGAUAGUAGUGUCAAGCAGUUGCAAUUCCAGCCAUUGGCACGGCAAAAUUCAAUGUACAGUCUUACACUUGAUGAGGUUCAAAAUCAGUUAGGUGACUUGGGGAAGCCACUUAGCAGCAUGAACCUUGAUGAGCUUCUAAAAAAUGUAUGGACUGCUGAGGCCAACCAGUCCACAGGUUUGGACAUUGAGGACACAGCACAGGCCAAUCAAACUGCCCUGCAGCGUCAGGCUAGCCUGUCAUUAACAAGUGCACUGAGCAAGAAGACGGUUGAUGAGGUUUGGAGAGAUAUUCAGCAAAGCAAAAAUAAUCAAGAAAAGAAGUCUCGGGAACGGCAGCCUACAUUAGGAGAGAUGACUUUGGAGGAUUUCUUGGUGAAAGCAGGAGUUGUGGCUCAAACAUCUUCGGAUAAAAAAGGUGCUGGUCCUGUUGGAAUUGAUCAGAGUGUAGUGCCACAGUUUUCACAGCAAGGUCAGUGGAUGCAGUAUCCACAAUCACAAUAUCAGCAUCCUCAACAAAGUAUGAUGGGGGUAUAUAUGCCAGGCCAGCCUAUAUCACAGCCACUGCAUAUGGGGGCUGGUGCUGUGAUGGAUGUUCCAUAUCCCGACAAUCAGAUGGCAUUAACUUCACCUUUGAUGGGUGCAUUGUCAGACACACAGAUGCCUGGGAGGAAAAGAGGCGCCCCAGAGGACAUGAUUGAGAAGACUGUUGAGAGAAGGCAGAAGAGGAUGAUCAAGAACCGUGAAUCUGCUGCCCGCUCACGAGCCAGGAAGCAGGCUUACACGAAUGAACUAGAGAACAAAGUUUCACGUCUGGAAGAAGAGAAUGAAAGGCUUCGGAAACGGAAGGAGCUGGAGCAAAUGUUGCCAAUUGUGCCCCCUCCAGAGCCGAGGUAUCAGCUUCGUAGAACAACGUCAGCUCCAUUCUGACAUGUAUUUCUGUAUGUGGAAGCUCUGUAGAUAUGAAACAUAUGGGGAAGCUCCUUUUUAGUUUGUUUAUUUAGGUGGAUGUAAGCAAAGCUGUCUCUUGAUACGUCUCUCUCACUGAAUGAGUUGUCUGUUGCAAUGCAGUCCAUGGUUUGCUUCAGCCUACAAUGUGAUGUUGUUGUAUCUAUUUCUCUGUGAAAUUAUGUGUUAUAAUUUUAAUUUUUUUCAAACUGUUGUACUCUUUCACUAAUGAGUUUCUACAGAUGUUUAUGCUCAGUGCUA